AGCUAUUGUCAUUCCUAACUAAUUCGUUCACGCUUAAACGAUAAGCCAAAACAACUCUUCUAAUUUAUUCACUGUAUAAGGUGGUAAAUUUUGGGACAGUUUACUAAAUAUAUUCCUAGAUUUUUUUUAAAUUUUUUUUUAGAAUAUGGUAAUUCUUUACCGAAGGGCAAGAACCGAUUUCUUUCUCACUUUCUCCGAUCGAACGUUUUUCUGAGAAACCCUAAUGUCUUUUCUUGAAGAAUUUCAAGCCAAUUUGGAUUCACUACCCGUUAUUCUUCAGAAGAAGUAUGCGUUGUUGCGAGAUCUAGAUAAGAGCUUACAUGAUAUUCAAAGGCAAAAUGAACAGCGCUGUGAACAAGAAAUUGAAGAUAUUAAGCGAGGAGUUAGGUCUGGAAACAUCACACCUAAUACUUCAGUUAUUAGAUUCUCUGAUGAAGCGCUUGAUGAGCAAAAGCAUAGCAUCAGGAUUGCUGAUGAAAAAGUUGCCUUGGCUGUCCAGGCGUAUGAUUUGGUAGAUACACACAUACAACAACUUGAUCAGUAUCUGAAAAAGUUUGAUGAGGAGCUUCGGCGUGGUCCUGAUGGUAAUACAAAAUCUGGAAGGGGUAAUGAAAGUGGAACUGGUAGAGGAGGGCGAAAAAAAACACGCCAAACAGCAGUUGUGGCAGCAGCAGCAGCAGCCGCCACAGAAGCUCAAACUACAUCUGCAAAUCCAACUGGCAUGGAUUUAGAUUUACCAGUUGAUCCAAAUGAACCCACAUACUGCUUUUGUAACCAAGUUAGCUAUGGAGAGAUGGUUGCCUGUGAUAACCCUGAUUGCAAAAUAGAGUGGUUUCAUUUUGGUUGUGUUGGUUUGAAAGAACAACCAAAAGGAAAAUGGUACUGUUCAAAUUGCGCAGCAACAAGAAAUCGCCGAAGAGGCAAAUGAGGCUGACCGAAGAAUAAGAAUAAUGUUAAAAUGACAAUGUAUAUAUAUUUUAAAUAUUUCUAGUAGGGUAGUUAUUUUGUUUGAUGUGUCAGGGCAUUGAAACUUAGCUGUUAUUGUUCGGGAAAUUUUGAAAUUACAAAUUUCCAAUAACUUAGUGUUUGUUUGCACAUUCAAUUGGCUUUGCACAUGUUUGCACAAUUACUAUGACCCUUUGGUCUAUGGUACUUCUGGAAGCCAUCGAAUGGUUUUCUUCUUUCAUUGUAGAUCAGGCUUGAAAAAAAACGAAAUUUCUUGUGUAUUUGUAGCGGAGAAUGUUUCUUCCACCCUGAU